UGCUUUUCCUCUCCAUAUCUUUAAUUUCUUGCCAGUGUCUCUUUCCACACAUACACUUCAUUCCUCUUUUCUCUGUUGGCUGGCUUUCUCAGUUCUGCUCUUAAAUGGGUGCGUUUAACCUAAGAGUUCACACACUUGAAACGAAUUAGAGCCUUUGGCCAUUUCAGAAGAACUACUUUUUUUCUAAGUGCCACAUCUUGGUUAGUUCUUAAGGUAAUUUACUAUCAGAGUCUGGAAAUGAUAGAGUGGGCCCUAAAAUAUAACAAGUUAGGGUAAUUGACAAUUUUGUAAUAGCAAGAGAAGCAGUUCAAAUAGCUUAGGAUGAAAGAAACCUGUGAUGUCCAUGAAAGUGCUACUACAUAAUUAACAUCAGCUGGCAAAUCUAGUGGGACAGGCUGAUGAGAAUAAUCAGGAUAAGAAGGUAGAACUGGAGCUGACUUGUAGCAACAAUAUCCCCUCCCAGAACACUGGCAGAUGCCAUCUCCAUUGUAAUACUGUCAGCCAUCUCUCUUCCCUCUCCCAAGGUACAGAUUACUGAAUUGUCUAAUGCUUAUAAAUCACCUACUUCUGAUGCUAAUACAGGGCUCCCUUGUUUCUUCCCAUGACUAAUAAUGCAGGAAGACUGCUUUUCUAUUCUUUUCUAGCCUUCAAAUUGGUCUAGACAGUCUCCUUGGACAUUUUACCCUUUAACAUGCUAUUGCUGUAUUUCUCCUCCAGCUUAACCUAUUUUUAUUGUCAAUAAAUUUCCAUUCUUUUUCUUUAAACUGUGUACUUAGCUUUUCUAGCAGAGUUUCCUUGCCAUUCUUUACCUAUGCAAUGUCUCUGUUCAUUUGAGUUGAAAAACAUCCAUAGCUUCACCUCAGCAGAUGGCUGAAGGGAUGGACUGUGGAGAGGUUAUAUGUUACCUGGAAGAGGGCAUCCCCAGGAGAAAAGAGUAACAACAGAGGAAGGACUUCCAAUAGUAGUCAGACGUUAUCAUCCUGCCAUACUAUGGAGCCAUGUUCAUCAGAUGAAUUCUUCCAAGCCCUUAAUCAUGCUGAACAAACAUUCAAAAAGAUGGAAAACUAUUUGAGACACAAACAGUUAUGUGAUGUAAUUUUAGUUGCUGGUGAUCGCAGAAUUCCAGCUCACAGAUUGGUGCUCUCCUCUGUCUCAGAUUACUUUGCUGCCAUGUUUACUAGUGAUGUCAGGGAAGCAAGACAAGAAGAAAUAAAAAUGGAAGGUGUAGAACCAAAUUCCCUAUGGUCCUUGAUUCAAUAUGCAUAUACAGGCCGCCUGGAAUUAAAAGAAGAUAAUAUUGAGUGCCUGUUGUCUACAGCUUGCCUUCUUCAGCUUUCACAGGUUGUAGAAGCAUGCUGUAAGUUUUUAAUGAAACAGCUUCACCCAUCCAACUGUCUUGGAAUCCGUUCUUUUGCUGAUGCUCAAGGUUGUACAGAUUUGCAUAAAGUGGCUCACAAUUAUACCAUGGAAAAUUUCAUGGAAGUAAUUCGAAACCAGGAAUUUGUAUUAUUACCAGCCAGUGAAAUUGCAAAGCUCUUAGCCAGUGAUGACAUGAACAUUCCUAAUGAGGAGACAAUAUUGAACGCACUUCUUACUUGGGUUCGUCAUGAUUUGGAACAGAGACGGAAAGAUCUCAGUAAACUUUUGGCUUAUAUUAGGCUACCUCUCCUUGCACCACAGUUCCUAGCAGACAUGGAAAAUAAUGCACUUUUUCGAGAUGAUAUAGAAUGUCAGAAACUAAUUAUGGAAGCAAUGAAGUAUCACUUACUACCAGAGAGACGGCCCAUGUUACAGAGUCCUCGGACAAAACCUAGGAAGUCAACUGUUGGUACAUUAUUUGCAGUUGGAGGAAUGGAUUCAACAAAAGGAGCAACAAGCAUCGAAAAGUAUGAUCUUCGUACAAAUAUGUGGACUCCUGUAGCAAAUAUGAAUGGGCGGAGGCUGCAGUUCGGCGUUGCAGUGUUAGAUGACAAACUGUACGUGGUUGGAGGAAGAGAUGGACUGAAGACUUUGAAUACUGUAGAAUGCUACAACCCUAAAACAAAAACUUGGAGUGUGAUGCCUCCUAUGUCUACACAUAGGCAUGGCCUUGGCGUGGCUGUACUGGAAGGUCCUAUGUAUGCAGUAGGAGGACAUGAUGGCUGGAGCUAUCUGAAUACAGUGGAAAGAUGGGACCCUCAGGCUCGCCAGUGGAACUUUGUUGCUACCAUGUCCACUCCCAGGAGCACAGUUGGUGUGGCUGUACUAAGUGGAAAACUUUAUGCAGUUGGUGGUCGUGAUGGAAGUUCCUGUCUCAAGUCAGUAGAAUGUUUUGAUCCUCAUACUAAUAAGUGGACACUCUGUGCACAAAUGUCAAAAAGGAGAGGGGGAGUAGGAGUCACUACCUGGAAUGGAUUGCUGUAUGCCAUCGGAGGACACGACGCACCUGCAUCCAACUUGACUUCCAGGCUGUCAGACUGUGUGGAGAGAUAUGAUCCUAAAACAGAUAUGUGGACCGCAGUGGCUUCUAUGAGCAUCAGCAGAGAUGCUGUGGGGGUCUGUUUACUUGGUGAUAAAUUAUAUGCUGUUGGAGGAUAUGAUGGACAGACUUAUCUUAAUACAGUGGAGGCUUAUGAUCCCCAGACAAAUGAGUGGACCCAGGUUGCUCCACUGUGCCUUGGAAGAGCUGGAGCUUGCGUUGUGACUGUGAAACUAUAACUUAGUGCUUGUUUUUCUAAAUGAAGAUAUCUUCUUCCUUUAUGAAUUUAGUAUAAUUAUUCUACUAUCAAUGAAUAUGUUUUUAGUAAAUUUGCAACGCCACAUUCCUGGGCACAAAGUGCCUGAUCUCUAAAUGAAGAUGUUAAAACACGGAAGGAAAGAGCAGAACCAGGAUUAAAAACUUUCACUUCUUAGGAGAGUAAAACUGCAUCUGGUGGAUUGUGAAUGUAUGUUCCUGAUAUAUAGAAUAUGACGACAAAUGCACUGCUCCUAACACAACCCAGGGUUAAUUGGGAAUUUCAUUUCUUUCAAUAAUCAAAAACAUUUUACUGAAUACUAUUAUCUGGAUUUCUUUUAUUAUAGUGCAAAUACAUCUGAUAAAACUUCUAAUGUAUUGCUUUGUAACUUUAUCAUACAUGAGUUGUAGUAAUUUUUAUUCAUUUGUUUGCUUAACCACAACCACUAUUUUAAUGAUAUACUAAAGACUAUGCAUUUAGUUUUUUUCAGGAAUAGCUGAAUUUUCUGUGCUUUGGUUGUAGAGUUUUAUUUCUAAAAUGUCUAAGUGAAUCAAUUUAAUGAACAUUAAAGAGUUAGAACAAUGACCAAAUAAAAGCUUGUUUUGAUCUUUGGGAUCUAUUUAAAUAUUCAUUCCAUCUAGAUUCAUCAAGAACUCCAUAUUAUGAUAGUCUUCCUUUGGAACUGAAACAAGGUGUUUUACAUUAAAUUCAAGAUAUGCAGAUUUUGUGGAGAAAAUAAAUGCUAUAUACCCUCUAAUGUUCUUUCACCUAAGUAGCAUUUAAUUAUAUGGAUUUGUUUUCUUUUAUAUUAUUAAAAAUGUUUUGAUUUUGUCUUUUUAUAUCAAAGAACUGUUUGGAUAUUCUUAUGUUCUCAAGUCUGUGUUUGCCUCUCCUGCCUUGUUUCUUAUCUUUUGCCAGAAUUAGUAAUCCUUUGUGCAUCUUUGUAAUCAAACAGUUUGGAGGGGAUGGGCUUACUGAAUGUUUGGCAAAUGAGUUUAAAGUGUUUAUUACCCAAAAUUUUGUACAUUUGUAAACUCUUAAUUAUACAUGUGAAUGUUAAUACUGUCAGUGAAUUAUUUAUUGUUUGCACAAGUGCACUGGGCAGUAUUAUUUUAUGAUAAAUUCUUUAGGGUAUAAGUCAUUAACUUAUAUCUUAAUAUAAAAAGAAUAUAAACUAAAUUCUCACCUUUUAAAAGUUCA